AUGUCUCCAUCUCAGGCGUUUCCAAUCGACAAAAGCUCGGUGCCGGCAACGGCCGCCCACUCGUCAAAACCACCGCCUCCGCCAGCUCGCAAUCCCAAGAAUGCAAGGUCUUCGAACACGAAUGUGACCUCGGAAGGUCCUGCUUAUGGUGAUUUGCCUGGCGUCGAAAAAAACGCCAAUGAAGUCAAGUGCAAUGGCACGGUCGUGUUCUCCUGGGCAGGAGAUACUCUGGACACCAUCGACUUUGACUUUCUCCGCACCAACGAUGACAACCUCAAGGGAACAGUUACCCUCCGUCAGGUAGUAACAAACUAUGCUGGCAGCGGCCAGUCUCGAAAGGUUGCCGCAGAACGGCUCUACAGGAGUCUUGGACGCCUGAGAUGUCUUGACCAUGCGAUCGUGCGAUACAAUGCCGGAUUGCGUUCGCAGACCUCUGAGUUCUUUCAAUACUGGCGCCGACAUACCCUCAGCUUGCUCUCUGGAUCGAAUGGGGAUUUAGCGACGAUUGAAGUCAUUGGUCUGACUGAGCUGAUCAACCAAGUCGAGGAGAUCGCCGGUCCCGUCAUUCGGGCGGCCAGAGAGUUGAUCUCAAAUGGAAUGCUCUCAUUUGACGGGCUGGGAGAGCUGUUCAGACCCGGCAUCCCUGUCAAAUGCACAUCUGUACCUGGAUGCGGGCCCUGCAUCCGCGCUGUCGUUCGUCAUGGAACAGCUUCCUCGGCAUCAGAUCUUGAGCGAAGACUCUGUGACGUUCUCGAGUUGUGCGCAGAAUGGGAUGCGUUGGCCGUUCUUGACGAAGCAGACGUAUUCCUGGAGACUCGUUCGACGUCUGAUCUAAUCUGA